GGAAUCUUUGUUAAAAAAAAUGGAGUGACAAUAGAAACCAGAUAAAGUGUAAGAAAUACUUUAAUGCCUGGCAGACGAGUAAUUCACCGAAAGAACCCCUUUAACAACAGAGUAGGAUUGGGUGGAGCUAACAGGUCUGGACGUGAUGUAGUAUUUAUAGUGGAAGCGAUUGAGUUUAAAGCAGCUUUAAAUUAUUCAAGCCGGUAGUUACGAUCUGUUUCCUAACGACAAAUUGCUGCAGUUUUACGGAAGAGAAUCGCUGUCAGUUCUCCCGCUGUCACUAACAUGCGGGAUUACGACGAAAUCACCGCUUUUCUCGGAGAAUGGGGACCCUUCCAGAAAAUUGUCUUCUUCCUCUUGAGCCUCAGUGUCUUUCCCAAUGGUUUCUGCGGACUGUCCAUAGUCUUUGUCGGGGAUAUUCCUGAACAUCGCUGCUUCGUUCCCGGGAAUCUCAACCUCAGUGAAGCGUGGAUGAACCGGACUAUCCCUCUGGAACAAGCCAAGGGGAAACUCCAGUACAGCAAAUGUAGACGGUACCGGUUGGAUGUGAUCCGGAAUCUUUCGGAGAUAUUUCCUGACCCAGAUUCCGUCAAUAUUUCUGAGGUGGAACAGGAGCCCUGUUUGGAUGGAUGGGUGUACAGUAAGGAUCAGUACAUGUCCACCAUCGUCAGCGAGUGGAACUUGGUAUGCAGUGAUGACUGGAAAGCGCCAUUUGCUAUGUCAACGUUCUUUGUGGGAGUGCUGACCGGUUCCUUUAUUUCUGGACAGCUAUCUGACAGGUUUGGAAGGAAGUUAGUUAUGUUUGGAACCAUGGCAGUCCAGACUGUAUUCAGCAUGCUUCAAGUAUUCUCUCCAAAUUGGGAGAUAUUCUGCGUUCUCAAUUUCCUUGUGGGUCUUGGACAAAUUUCAAACUUGGUGGCUGCCUAUGUUCUUGGAUCUGAGCUUCUUGGGAAAUCCAUUCGGGUUAUAUUCGCGACAAUGGGAGCUUUUAUUCCUUAUGCAAUUGGCUACAUGGCCCUUCCUUUGGUAGCGUACUUCAUACGAAGCUGGUCGAUGUUACUUUUCCUCCUGUCAGUCUCUGGUGUGCUGUACAUUCCUUUGUGGUGGUUUAUUCCUGAAUCUCCACGCUGGCUAUUGAUAAGGGGCAGGAUAAAGGAAGCUGAACUACUACUCCGACAUGCUGCCAAGAAAAAUGGUAUCACUCCUCCUGAUGUUCUCUUCAGUGAUAUUGAGCUUGAAGAUAUGAAGGCUAAAAGUAAACAAACUCAUUCAAUUAUUCACUUGUUUAAAACUCGUAAUAUCCGAGCCAUCACGCUCAUAAACUUGCUAGUUUGGAUGAUUUUAACAGCUGAAUACUUUAGUCUAUCUUUGAACACACCCAAUCUCCAUGGUGAUGACUAUUUGAACUGUUUCUUCGCUGGUGCCAUCGAAGUUCCUGCCUAUGUAGCAUCUUGGCUUUUGCUCCAGAGGUUUUCCCGAAGGUUCAGCCUUUCAAGCACUCUGUUUCUGGGUGGAAUUGUCCUUUUCUUCAUUCAACCCAUUCCUUCAAAUCUUGCAGCAAUUUCCACUGUGCUAGUAAUGAUCGGAAAAUUUGGAACCACAACAGCCUUCGCAAUAGUUUUUGUUUACACUAGUGAGCUGUAUCCAACCACAGUGAGAAACAUGGGUGUCGGAUUGAGCUCGAUGACUUCGAGGGUGGGCAGCAUCAUCUCACCUUACGUUUUCUAUCUCGGAAUUUACCAUGAAUUUCUACCGUAUAUUCUGAUGGGGACCUUGACAGUGUUUUCGGCAAUUCUCGUCUUGUUUCUGCCUGAGACCAUCAAUAUUCCACUCCCAGAAACUAUUGACCAGAUGCAGAAAAUAAAAAGGCUCAAAUGUGGAAGCACUCACAGACAUCACUACCGUUUUUAUAAAAAUGGAACAACUGGAGAAAAUAGUAUGGUGGUCAGUGAAAAGGAGGAAAUUUAACCCAAGCCUUGCCACAAAUCUUCGGAACGGAGAAGUGGACCAGCAAUUGUCUCUUUCCAAUUUAUGUCACAAACUAACAUGAUUUUCUAUUGAAAUAUAUUUAGCAAUGCAAUCAAGAUACUCAGGGACCGCUAACAAACACUCAGAUCAACAGGAUGCUGUAUCAUUUUAUGUUUCUUACAUUUUCUCACUUUCAUUUGGAACCAACAGUGUAUUUUUGUGUAACACAAAAUAUUGUGCUACAGAUGGACUAACAGUUUUUUGUGGAGUCAAUUGUAACUUUUGGAGAACACAUUAAUGGAGUACACUGGCUGGCCGGUUGCCUACAAUUGCAGUGGAGAAAUGGCUGCAACUCUGAAGUGAUGACCUCAUUAGAAUCUUGCCUAUGCUAUAUGGGGCACGAGGGACCAACCCAAUACAGUUUUCCAGAUUGAGGCCCCUUAACAUUGAACUUCCCUGGUUAUGAAUUAAGUGAUGGGCGUUGAGCCACAAUCCCAUGAUGUGAGCAGCUUAUUUGUGAUGGAUCUGAAAGAGUAUUUCUGCUCCUCUGCACUAAUCAUAAACACUAAGCUAAAGACUUACUGGAACCGGAAUGCAUCAGCUCCCAUUUUGCAUGGAACUACACACCAUUUGAUCCCAUCAAUUCCAAAUUUAAAAAGGCCAACAUUUUCCUUGGAUUUUGCUCCUUGGAGUUUGCAUUCUGAUAGGAGCAUUUCACUGGGAGUACCCAGCUGUUUUACAAAAUAUCUCCCAAUCUAUUCAUUUCUGUCAAUGGGAUGGUAGGCUACUAGCCCCAUUUUGAAUCCAUCACUACCACGUAAGUAACCAGACCGCAGAGCUAAAAAUUAACCCUAUAUAGGGAUAAUCUCUCUUUGUUUCUUACCCAGGAGCAUUUUUGCCAAACACCAUGAAUGAAACAGGAGCAGCAAACCAUUACUUUCCUUUCAGCUGCCAUCUAUUCCUGUAAAACAUUACCCCCGCUCCAUCCAACUCUGAUCAUUAGCAUUACAGAUAGCUUCUAGUCCCUCUCUUGGGGGAUGUUAUUUCCACAAGUCUGAAGCAGCUGGGCUUGAACCAAGGUCUCCAAUCUUAGGGAUAGGGACAUUACCACUGCACCACAAGAAACCACUGUUGCUGUUACAUAGAAAAUGAAUCAUCAGGUUAGAUUUAACGUUAACAAUGGCAUGAGGUGUGAAAUAGAAAUGGUAUCAGAGCAAACUGUAAAGUAAAGGAAAUGAUGCAUUUGUGGCUAAUGGUAUGUAGUUGAGAAUUGUGUUUUAGAAGAAAUAUUCUAAUUUUGUCCAUUUUGGGUGGAAAUUUAGGGAUUACUUUACAAAUGAUGCAGACUACUAACUACAUUUUAUUGAAUGUAAAUCAUGCUCCAGAACGAGAUGUGGACCAAUGCCUACAGUCACAAUUUGUUUGUGAAUUCAAAAUACAGUCGUUGAUGGUGGUCAAAUCAGUGAUACAACUUUUACUUGUUUACCUGAAAUUAUUAUUUUGCUGUUUAAUCGCAUGAUUACCGUUAUUCAUUUCAUUAGGAAGCACAGUUAUUAAAUGUGCCAUUGGAUUGAUAAGUGUGAGUAAAGGCUGCAAUGGAGCAUUAAGGUGUACAGGAUUACGUGCAGGUGGUGUAUGAAAUUUAUUAAAACUCCUUUACUUCGUGA